UCUGAUUGUACACUUGGUUUCGCCCAAACUCAACACAAGUUGGUUGAUAUAUUUGAGCAGCUCCAGUCUGUAAGAAAUGGAGACAGCAGACAAGUGUAGAAAAGUGCAGUAGAACAUAUGAGCUUUUUUACAGACAGUCAGUAACUAGAUUCCUAAACAGUGUGUGUUUGUGGUCACCGAUGAAGAUGGCUGUAUCUGAGGUGAGCUGUUGUCAUAGAAACAACACCCCGGUCUACAAGCUCCACGGUGACGUGAAUCCUGACUGCACCAUCACCUGGCUCACCCGAGACAACAAGAUGAUUGUAGAUGAUUCUGGUAAUGUGGACCCGGACACCGUAGUUUCAUACGAACACGGUGAGCUGACCGUGAAGAGCCGAGACUGUGAUGUGUUGGUCAGAGAGGACUGUCUGUCUCUGGGGGAGCGCAAAAUAAACUGCACAGCUCUGUGUAAACCAGAAAAGCCUAAUGUAACUGAAAACCUGACUACAGAAGACAGGAUCUCUCCUCUGAUCAUCAGCUUCAUCAUUCUCGGCCUCGUCGUCCUCCUCCUCCUCCUCAUCAUCCCCAUUAGUGUUGGUGUGGUGGUGUAUAAGAGACUCCAAGGGAGCCAUGACUUUGAAAAUGCGAACACCAUUAACGAAACUAAUGACCACCACAACAUCAUGGAACUCCAGCCUCUUCAGUGAGGUUGUAUAAACCGUGCCAGCGUUUGGCCGUCUGUAGAUGAAGUUAUAAAUGUAGAGGCAGGUGCGGAGACUUCCGCUGGAAUUACAAUGAGAUCUUCAAGGUGAUUUUCUUCAUUUUCAGUUUAAAAUGUAAGAACGUCACACCUGAAUGAGAAUCAGUACAAAGAGAAACCGACUUCUGUAGUUUAUAGAUUUAUAGAUAUAUAGAUUUAUAAAUAUAUAGAUAGAUGCUCUAUAUUACACAGUAAACAGAGAAACAGGACGAUCAGAUGAAAGUUGCACCGCUGAUGAAGGACUUUUGCCUCAAAUGUUUUUGUUUCUCUGAAAAAUAUAUAUAAUGUCAUUAUAUAUAUAUAUAU